CUCUCGGUUUCCAUCUCGACACUCCUGUUUUGCCAUCAUCAAACCAGACCAUUCAGUCUCUUGACCACCACCACCACCACCACCACCACCACCACCACACACUCAAACCACCACCAAAAUGUCCUCCCACCGCCUCUCCAUGAACCCCAAGGACCAGCAGACGGCCGACGUGCCGCCGUCCAUCUCAGACCUCCACUGCUUCACCGAGACCAACGGCGUCAUCACCACCACCAUGUUCGACGUCCCCGGGUACCGGGUCGUGCGGGUGCUGGGCGCCGUGUACGGGCUGACGGUGCGGUCGCGCAACUGGGCGGCCGGGCUGGGCAUGGUGCUGAAGAGCGUGGCGGGCGGCGAGCUGCGGUGGUUCACCGACAUGCUCUACAGCGCGCGCAACGACGCCAUCUCGCGCAUCGUGUCGGAGGCGCAGGCGCGCGGCGGCAACGCCGUCAUCGCGCUGCGCUUCGACGCCGGCGAGCUGAGCGGCUUCGCCCAGGUGUGCGCCUACGGCACGGCCGCCAUCAUCGAGAAGAUCGACGACACCGUCGAGACGCCCCCGCAGCUGGCUCCCAAGAGCGAGUGAGAUGGUUGAGACGGCUUGGUUGGGUUUGGUUUGGUUUGGUUUAGGGAAACUGUUUGUUUGUUUCGUGCCUGUGUGUUCGGGCUGGCUGUUUUGGGGGGAGGGAGGUUAGGGGGGGAUUCGGAGUUC